AUGCGGGUGCAGGGCUGGGAUCCCGCGGUGGCCGAGACUUCCGGCGGCGUCCUCGUGGGUGUCCAAUUGGCUGCUCCUGGGUCGCUCCUCAGGGUCGCGGCUCCGCAGCCCUCGGCGGGCUCGAGGGCAGGGAGCAGGGAGGCUCUGGAAGAGGCGUCGUGGCCCUCUUGCAAAGAGGGACGGCCGGCAGUGCGUGAGGCGGUUGAGGGAUCAGCUGAACCCUUGGGACCCACCUCACAAGCCCCGGGACGUGCCCAGGGGCCCAUGGAGGCUGCAGAGGCGCCGAUGGCCCCGUUGCAGGCACCAGUGACCUUCAAGGAUGUGGUUGUGACCUUUACCCGGGAGGAGUGGGAAUUACUGGACCUGGCUCAGAGGACCCUCUACUGGAAGGUGAUGCUGGACACCUGCCGUCUCCUGGCCUCUCUGGGGUCUCCUGCGCCCACACGAGAGCUGACCUCCCUGCCGGAGCCUGCGCAGGAGCCACAGGCGGUAGAAGGGGGCCUCUCCCAGAGCACCUCCUCAGGCGGCAAAGCAGAAUUCAAGACCACUCAGCCCACUGCCUCUCAGCCAGCCCUGCUUGAGGGGUGCUCACUCCACAGGUCGUUGACUCAAGAAGACUCCAGGGUUUCCAUGUUGGGGCAAGCCAGGGAACAGGAAGAGCCAUCAGAAAAGCAGGAAGAGCACUUGAGGACAGGGUUGGUCCCGCUCAAGGAAACCCCCCUUGGAAAGAUGAGCCCUGAAUGUGAUGAUUUGGGAACAGGUGACAGUGUGUGCUCUAAUGAUUUCCAGGAGCUCGCCUCUCCAGGAGACACUCUGCAUGAGUGUGAAUCACAUGGAUCCAGGAAAGAUCCCUUGAUUCACAGAGGCAAGAACUCCUACAAAUGCAAGGACUGUGGGAAAGGAUUUACCAAGAAUCGCCUCCUCCUUCGACAUCAGCGGAUUCACACUAAAGUAAAACUCUAUAAAUGCAGAAAGUGUGGAAAGGCCUUUCUCAAGAAGGCAGACCUCACUGAACACUACAGCAUUCACAUUGGGGAGAAGCCCUAUGAGUGCAUCGAGUGUGGGAGAGCCUUCAGCCGCAGGUCACACCUCACGGAGCACCAGCGGAUUCACUCUGGAGAGAAGCCCUUUGAGUGCAUGGAGUGUGGGAAGGCCUUCAGCCGCAGGUCACAUCUCACAGAGCACCAGCGGAUUCACAGUGGAGAGAAGCCCUAUGUGUGCAGUGAAUGCGGGAAGGCUUUCGCACACCCCUCUGAUUUUAUUCGGCAUAAUAGAACCCACACUGGGGAAAAACCCUUUGAGUGCAAAGAAUGCGGGAAAGCCUUUUGUGACAGCUCUUCAGUAACUCGACACAUGAGGUGUCACUCUAAGGAGAAGCCUUAUGAGUGCAGUGAGUGUGGAAAGACCUAUAGCUACAGCUCAACCCUUACUACCCAUCAAAAGAUUCACAGGGGAGUGAAAUCCUACAAGUGUAAGAGAUGUGGGAAGGCCUUUUAUCAGAAAGGAGGCCUCAGUCAACAUCAAAGAACUCACAUUGGGGACAGACCUUUUUAAAGUAACGACUGUGGCAAAUUGUGUGGCCAGAGGAAAAAUGUGACUUGGCAACUGAGAGUUCAUACCUAAGAGAACCGUGUCCUCCCUCCCAUGCACAGUCCAUGCUGUGACUGUGGCGUUACCUUUACCUUUAGCUGAGCCCUUGCACUGCGGAGGCUGGAGGCCACUCUCUCCCAAAACACAACUUAGUUCUCAGCAGAGUGACCUUCUUUUCACAUGUGAGAGCUUUUGGCUAUCACUUGGCCCACUCAGAGACCUGGGCCUCAGUUUAUCCCAAAACAGGAGUGAUGUGCAUCCCAGUGGAUGAAGGACCCCCUUCCCUCAUGGUCCUUGUCUCCCCAUCCCAUUCUCUGUGUUCAGAGGGGCCUGCUGUGCUCCUGCUGGGAUGAUGGGCAGGAGUCGUGAGAACCCCAUCCUUCAUCCCCAUUACCCGCACAGUAUCCUGAGUUGUGGAGAUACGUGGAUGACUAAGACGUGGGCCUUGCUAUCCAGAAUGGGAAGCACACAUGAUAAUGCAGAGGUAUGGGGCAGCACCUCUGCUGCAGCGACCAUAAUGUGUCUGUGGUUGCCGUGCGGCGUGAUGAAGAGCAGGCUACAACUUAGGCAUGGAGGACAGAUGUGCAUUGGGGGCCAUGGUCUGGUGACUAAGAGCUUGGACUCUGCAGAACAUUGGGAUUCGGAUGCUUCUGAGCUGUGCCCUUCAUCAGCUGGGUGACCUUGGUCAUGUUUCCCCACAGGCCUUUCUUCUUGUCUAUAGUGGUGAGAAGAUGUACAUUAAACUAUAAAGCAUCGAAAGAGGAGCAGACGGCAUACACAGGAUGAUACCAUGAAGACCCACGAGGGAAGGAGGAGCCCCAGCCACAUUCAAAGAUGGAGAAGAGCAUUCAGGAUAGAGGGAACAGCAUGUGCCAGGACCCUGAGGCAGGCAAGAGCUAGGCCUGUUGGAGGAAAGAGCUGAAAGCCAGUGUGUCUGAAGGAGAUAUGUGGUGGGCAGUGAGAUGAAGGGAGCAGGGCCAGAUGCACAGGGCUUUGUAGGCCAUGCUGAGAAAUGUGAAUUUUAUCCUAACUGCUCUCAGAGACUGAAGAGGGAUUCAGCAGGACAGUGGAAUGAUCUUACUUGUCUAUUACUCUCCGUUUGGCUACUAUGCAGAGAAUGGACUGAAGAGGGUCAAGAACUGAUGUGGGAGAGAGGAUGGAGUCCAUUGUGUGUUCCAGGAAUGCGUUGACAGUGGAGUGGCCCGGGAUGGUGGCAUUGGAGAUGGUGGGGAGAGGAUGACUUGGGACAUGUUAGGAGGCAAAGCCAACAGGAUCUGUGAAUAAUCGGGAUGAAGGGAAUGACUUUCCCCCCUCAAUCCUCAAGAGAGAGCCCUUUGCAUCUGUGGGAAUGUGACACAUGGCCUGUCACUGCGUUCCAGUUUCUUGAUUGGCACCUGGUGAGUGUGUUGAUUGAGGGAGUGAAAGCUGAAGGCUCCUUUUCUUGGAUGUGGAAAAGGCAGGGCUCCUCCUGCCCCUAGGAUGUUUACAUGGGCAGUUGACUUUUCCGUGGCCUUAUUUCUCUGACCCAGAAGGGGCCCUGACCCUGAUCAGCCUAGAUGGCUUUGGGCAGGAGGCCGUGUAGGACAGCAAUGAGACCUGCAUCACUGCAGGCCCCGUUCUCAGCUGGCUCCUUACCGGUGGUCAUGUUUCAGGGCAACUCAGGGACCUUUUGAGUUCUCGAUUUCCUUCUUUGUAAACUGGGCGAUCUAAUGACCAUUGGAAGCCUCAGCUUCAUUAUCUAUGAAACAAGAGAGUGUUGACUGACCCACCUCACCAGGUUGUUGUACAGGUUAAAGGAUAGUGCUGUAAAAUGCCUGUCAUGGUGUUGGGUAGGUAGAUAUGCUUACAUGUCAGCUAUUGUUAAACUGAUUGUCACUUAUAUGUUACCCCUUUGUGCCAUCCUAUUCCUUCCUCAUCGGGAGAUGUGCUGAUGGGAUUUGCUGGUAAAAAUAACUGCAGGUCCUGAUGACAUCUCAGCUGAUUUUCGGCCUUAAGAAGCUUACUCAUGGGUUCUGGUGACCUUCAGCUUAAGGUCUUGUUCCCCACCAGCCAAAGCCGGGGCAUUCUUCUCCACUCCCUGGUUUCUUUCCCAUUGGUGGAGAUGGGGUGGCUGAGGAUACCAUGGAAUGUUAGUUGUACUUUGAAUGGAAAUUCAAAACCUGCACUUAAAAUUUAUUGAUGAAAAUUCAAUCCCUUGUGAAGGGAAUUUUGAGCCAUCAGAAAGUAUUAACUGUUAAUUUAUUCCAUACUUAUUUAAUGUAAUAGUUGAUAUAUUUGGGUUUAAAUAUGUCAUCUUGUGGAUUUCUUUGCCUCACCUGUUCUUUUUCUGGUCCUUUAAAAGUAAACUUUCUAUUAAUUUCUUACAAUCCAGAUUUACCUUUUUCUAGUUUGCAUAGCAUAUACUCUGAUUCUGUUUGCUGUUUAAGCUAAAAUCUACAAACACUUAACUUAAAACAGUACAGCACAGAGCUAUAAAUACUUUUUCCUUCUUCCCAAGCAAUAUAAGGAACUUAGAAGAUUAAUCAAUAUGUUGUAUCUCAGUAUAUGUGUUGAGACUAUGCAUGUUAAUUCCACCAUUCUAACUCCACAAGGAAAUAUUAUUCAUGUUUAAUGCAAUAAUAAGCAGUUAUAUCAAUCCACAUACGCAUUCCCUUCUUGGGUUCCUCAUUCCUUCUAUCAUUGCAAAUAUUUCAUCUAGGAUCUCUUUCCAAAGUCCUUAAAUAGAACAUUUAGGAUUUCAUUUUAUGUGUUAAUCUUCCAUUAGAUUUCUCAUUUGGGCUUGAAAUGCCUUACUUCAUACUCUUUCUUGAAAGACAGUUUUGAAAUUUAUAGAAAUUUAGGUUGGCAGGGUUUUAUUCUUCAGAUCCUUGAGUAGGUCCUUCCACUGUGUUCCAGAACCAUAAUGAUAUUGGGAGUGAAUGGCAACAAGUAACUUAUUUUGUUGUGUAGCUUUCUGGUCUUAGGUCAGGAACAGAAAUACACUAAGAUGGAGGCAUGGGGUUUGGGAUUAUCACCCAAGGGUAAUGGUGAAUGUGUAGGAGGCAUAAUAAAAUGGAUAUCUGAUGGAUUAAAUUAGAAUCUGGGUAAAUGCUCUCCAAUCCAAUUCUCUCUUUUUGGACACCCAGCUUUGCUUACAUGGGUCAAGCUCCCUUAAAUGAGCUUUGGGCACAGAAUAUAGGCAGAAGUGAUUGUGGAAUUCUGUCUUCGUUGUGCUUCCUCAGUUGUGCUGCUCGGUGGGGUAUCUCUUUGGCCUUGGUGAUCUGAGUUUCCAUACUUGCCCAGGAUUUAGUGCUCUCUUAGGAGCUGCAGGUUCACGCUAGGGACUAAUGGCCUGUGGGGUGGGGCCUUGUACGUGCAUUUUUAACAAAUUCCCAGGUGAUGCUGAUGCUACUGGUUUGGGAACCACAGAAUUAGAGCACCAUUUAAAGUGAGUAUACUUAGACACUGGCAAGCAAGUUAUCAUCUUUUUAUAAUCUAUUUUUAAAUCUUUUUAUUAUGUUUUUUAAAUACAGUAUUAUUAACCACAGUCAUGCUGUACAUUACAUCCCCAGGACUCAUUUAUUUUAUUUUACAUAUAUUAUGUUUUUUACUUAUGUUUUUUCCCUGAGGAUCUGAGAGGUUGGAGAGGCUUGCCUAAGGCUGCCUCCUAUUGGCAGAGGUCUCCUGUUGGGAGAUCUCUCUGGAUGGGGCUUUGCCCAACGUAGCCACAGAAAUCUGGGCGUGGUCCCUGUACUUACAACCAUAGAGUAUUAUUUCCCAUUCUCCCUCGAGGUGCUGUUUGGCCGUUGCCGGAGAGAAUGGGAAAGGCCCACCCAAACGUAACUGGAUGACCUACAGAAAUUACACUACCCAGAAGGCUGUGCGUGUCCGAUGGCGGCGGGCGCUCGUCCAAUGACGAGCUAGGGGAGGGACGUCUCCUGGGGCCCACGCGGGUGGAGCGGGACGUACGAUGACAUCAUAGCGGCUGUGGUGGGUCUGUCCGCGCAGGCGGUGGAGACUGGGGCGUUGGGCUGGGGCGGCUUCCCGGGUUGCUCCUGGGACGCAGUGAAGGAGGGGACGAGAAUAGGACUGCCCUCAGCGCCUUUGCACGAACCGCGACCGCCGCCUGGCCGCGCACUUUUUGGGCCCCGCGCCUGCUCUGCUUCCGCUGGGAGGUGGCAGUUGGGCCUGUGUGUCUUUCACCUGAGGGAAACCGAGCCAAGUGCGGGUCAGCCAAGGUCACGCCGGGCGAGAUGGGGAGUCGGCUAAGGUCGAGGGACCCACCCGGGUCCCCGCGCAGUGCACAGGGUCCGAUGGCGGUCACAUUGCUGGUCCGGGCGCCGGUAGGUGGACUGGCUUCAGGCCGCUAAGCCGCUGGGACCCGCGCCCUAAUGGUCCUAGGGCCCGGAUGUAGAGAAGGCUGUUACCCUCGGGCUUUUCGCCUUCCCGUCUCCCUGCGCUUGAGUUUGGGGUCUCCAAAGGUGAGUCACUUCUGGCCCAUGGUCCUUAAUCAAGACCAGGAAUUAUACGGAGCGCUUCCUAUUUGUGAAACCCAGUAGGAUGAGGUAAGGAAAGGCUUCCAGGCACAAGACCCAGCACGUGCAUACGCUAGGAUGUGGCACGGAACGGGAGUGUUCGUGAAACUGCAGAUCUCUGCUGUCUGUUGCGCCGAGAGAGCAGGUGGGCAGAAAUCAGUGCUGGAAUGGCACGUGAGGUGCUGGGCCUUUAUUCUGAGGGUGGAGGGAGCCAUAGAAUGUUUAGAGCUGAGGAGGGAGGCACUCUAACUCAGGUCUUUACAGGCUCCCUCUGGCACAGAGGGGAAAACAGACUGUGGGGGUGAGGGUUGGUUGUUUCCCUGGUUUUCAACUAGCCAUAUUUUCCUCUGAUAAAACCCAAUAAUUCAUCUUUUAUUUUUACCUAUUUUCUGAAUUUGAUUUGCUGUAUAAGGAUUUUUUCACCUGUGUUAACUAGGAGUAUAGUUCUGUAGUUUUUUUCUUGUGCUAAGUUUUUACAUAAGUUAUGUCGGCCACUUAAAAUGAGUUGGAAAACGUUUGAUCCUCUAUUUUCUGAAAGGACGUCUUAUUGUAUUACUUAUUCUGUAAAUGUUUCCUAGAACUCACCGGUGAAACUGCUUAGGCCUUUAGUAUCUCUCAGCAAUGUAUGAUAGUUCCUUUCACUUCUUGAACAUAUUACAUUUAUUUCUAAAUGCUUCGUAUUUUGAUGCUUUUGUAAAGGAUUUUUUUUUUCCAAUUUCCAAACAUUCAUUGCUAGUAUAUAGAAACAAAUAAUUUUUGUAUAUUAGCCUUUUUUUAUACUGGGACUUUACUAAGUUCAAUCAUUAGAUGUAGGAGCUUUUUAAUGAAUCAUUUAGAAUUUUCAACAUAAUGUUGUAUGUGAAUAGACAGUUUGGGUUCUAUCUUUACAAUUUUUAGACUUUUUUUCCUUAUGUCACAAACACAUCUCUAGUGCAAUGUUAAAUACUUUGAGUGCUUUAUCUGAUUUUAAAUCUACAAAGAUUUCACAAGACUGGAUAUUUAAAAGGCUUCACAAGCCUCCAACAGCACACUCAGAUAAGGCUUUUAUUUACCAGCAAAGAUAAAGUACCAUAAGAGAAAAAGAAUACAAUCCCAAAUGCACAAUCAAUAAAAGAAAAAAAUGGAUAAAUUGGACUUCAUGAAGAUUAAGAAAUUCUACUCUAAGAAAGAUAUUAAGAAAUGAAAAAAA